CCGGCCAGCAGCGCGGACGAGACAUCUAGCCUUUAUACAUAUCUAUGGCGGUAUGCACAUUUACAGUUGGUUUGCAACCCGCCAGUAAACCCACAAAGAACAACAUGACGACACUCCAAAACAAACGCAAAGACGGAUUUUACAUAACUACUUAUUUUUUACCGUUUGAUUCUGUUUUAAUGUCUGAAUGUCAGUAAGAAGAAAAUAACGUUUAGAUAUGAAUCGGCAUACGCGAUCGACAUCGGUUAUAUUUAUCAUUGAAAGCUCAUUUAAAGACAUCUCGAGUAAAACAGUUUAACGGUUGUUUUAACGGAACACGAGUACAAAAUGCUGCAUCUUCGUCAUAUGUGAAGUUUAAUGCAUGUAAGGAAAUCACACAGAGAGACACAACUAUAAAGUUUAUCAGAAGAGAUUAGAUGAAGAGUUCAGUUUCAUGUCUAUGAAGAAUGAGAGGCCAAUGGAUCCACCAACAACAUUUAAGAGACCAGACGUAACCGAACCCGUCUGUAAAAAGAUGAAGAUUGAUCAGUCUGUGAAUCAACCACAAUAUGUGUGUCCUGAAUUCAGCCAUGACUCUAAACAUAAUGAAGUCCUGAACACAUUUAAAUCAAAUCUGAGAGAGAAGUUUCAUUGUUUGUAUCCAGGAACAUCAAAGCAGAGAAACUCAACACUACUGAACGAGAUCUACACAGAGCUCAACAUCACAGAGAUUAAAAGUGGAGAGGCAGAGGAGACACCAAUCAAAUGUAAUGACAUCUUUAAACCUUUACCUGAACAACACAAACACAUCAGAAGUGUGCUGACAAAGGGAGUCGCUGGCAUUGGAAAAACAGUCUCUGUACAGAAGUUCAUUCUGGACUGGGCUGAAGAGAAAGAGAAUCAGGACGUCCACCUCAUAUUUCCACUUCCUUUCAGAGAAAUCAAUUUGUUGAAGGACAAAACACUCAGUCUUUUAGAUCUUCUUCAUCUUUUCUUCCCAGAGACAAAAGAAAUGGAAAUCUUCAGUGAUAAAUAUAAAGUGUUGUUCAUCUUUGAUGGUUUGGAUGAGUGUCGUCUGCCUCUGUAUUUCCACAGCAGGGUAAAGUUCAAUGAAGUAAGUGAAUCAACCUCAGUGGACGUGAUGCUGACAAACCUCAUCAAGGGGAAUCUGUUUCCCUCUGCUCUCAUCUGGAUCACCUCCAGACCAGCAGCAGCUGAUCUCAUCCCCUCUGAGUGUGUUGAUCGAGUCACAGAGGUACGAGGCUUCAGUGAUCCACAGAAAGAGGAAUACUUCAGGAAGAGAAUCAGUGAUGAGAGUCUGUCUGAUCAAAUCAUCUCACACCUGAAGUCAUCCAGGAGUCUCUACAUCAUGUGUCACAUCCCAGUGUUCUGCUGGAUUUCAGGCACUGUUCUAGCGAGAAUAUUGAGGGAAGCAAAAAGAAGAGAGAUCCCCAUGACUCUCACUGAAAUGUACACACACUUCCUGAUCAUUCAGAAGGACUACGAGAAGAAUAAAGACAUGAUCUUCAAAAUUUGUAAACUGGCUUUUGAGCAGAUUAUGAAAGGCAAUCUGAUCUUCUAUGAUGAAGACCUGAGAGAGUGUGGCAUUGAUGUAUCAGAAGCAUCGGUGUACUCAGGAUUGUGUACUCAGAUCUUCAGAGAGGAGUUUGGUUUGUGUCAGAGGAAAGUUUACAGCUUUUUUCAUCCAAGCAUUCAGGAACAUCUAGCAGCUCUACAUGUGCACCUCUCUUUUAUGAACAACAACAUAAGUGUGUUGACUGCAUUUAAAAUGAAUCAAAGUUGUAAGCCUUCAAUAAUUGAUCUGUAUCAGAGAGCUAUAGAUGAGACUGUGAAGAGUAGAAAUGGACAUCUGGAUCUUUUUCUUCGUUUUUUUCUGGGGUUGUCACUGAAGUCGCAUCAGAAUCUCAUACCAGGUCUGAGGUUACUGACAUGCUACAACUUUCAGAUCAAUGAGAAAACAAUGAAAUACAUAAAAGAGAAGAUCAGGAAGAAUCCUUCACCAGAGAAAUCCAUCAAUCUGCUUCAGUGUCUGAAUGAACUGGGUGAUGUUUUACUAGUGAAGGAAAUCCAACAAUAUCUGACAUCUACAACAAAAAAUAAAACCACACUGUCUUCAUAUCAGUGGUCAGCUAUAGUUUCGGUGAUGCUGACAUCAGGACAUGAGCUAAAUAAGUUUAAUAUGAAUCCGUUUGUUAAAGGAAUCAAUGCUGAAUCACUGAAAGUUCUUAAGGAGCUGCUGCCUGUGAUUUGUGAAUCCAGAUCAGUUCAGUUAAUUUCUUGGAAUAUCACAGAUGAAGGUUGUGUUGCUCUGUCUUCAGCUCUGAGAUCAAACCCAUCACACCUGAGAGAACUGAAUCUAGGUAAUAAUAAACUGAAAGAUUCAGGAGUGAAGCUGCUCACUGACGUACUGAAGAAUCCUGACUGUAAACUGCAGAUACUGAAGUUGAAUUCUUGUUGUAUCACAGUUGAAGGUUGUGCUGCUCUGACUUCAGCCCUGAGAUCAAACCCAUCACACCUGAGGGAUCUGAAUCUGUCUCAGAAUAAUCUUGGAGAUUCAGGAGUGAAGCUGAUCUCUGACGUACUGAAGAAUCCUGACUGUAAACUGGAGAAACUCUGGUUGAAUUCUUGUUAUAUCUCAGCUGAAGGUUGUGCUGCUCUAAAUUCAUCUCUGAGAUCAAACCCAUCACACCUGAGAGAACUGAAUCUGUCUCAGAAUAAUCUUGGAGAUUUAGGAAUGGAGCAUCUCUCUGAUCUACUGGAGCAUCCUAACUGUAAACUGGAGAAACUCUGGUUGUGUUUUUGUAAUAUCACAGAUGAAGGUUGUGUUGCUCUGUCUUCAGCUCUGACAUCAAACCCAUCACACCUGAGAGAACUGAGUCUGUGUAAUAAUAAACUUGGAGAUUUAGGAGUGAAGCUGUUGUCUGCUGUACUGGAGAAUCCUCAAUGUAAACUGGAGAUACUGAAGUUGAGUGCUUGUAAUAUCACAGAUGAAGGUUGUUUUGCUCUGACUUCAGCUCUGAGAUUAAACCCAUCACACCUGACAGAUCUGUUUUUGUCUCAUAAUAAUCUGGGAGAUUUAGGAAUAAAGCUGAUCUCUGAUCUGAGAAAUGAUUUAAAUUACAAACAGAAAAAACUAAGAAUCAUAGUUAAGAUGAACUCAUAACAAGAGUUGAAAAUAUAAGAUGGUGUCAAACCCGGACAAAUGCCUUCAAAUGGAGCCAUUUUCGGAAAACAUUUAAUUCAUGUUGAAUCAACAUCUGAAACCUCUCUGAAAGAAUUCACAUCUACCCCCAAGAAGGCCACCACCAUGGUUUGGGGACAAAUUCUCACACCUCACCAAGCAGUUCAGCUCUCAGGACAAACUGUAUGUGAAAUGCUGCAUUCUGCAUGCACAGUGUCUAAAACCGGGCUUGUUUUAUGUCAUAUGAAGUAUUUUAAUGCAAGCGGUACAAUUUAGUUGAUUAAUUUAACAACAGAAUUCAAUAUUAAAAUGUAACAAAAAAUUUAGUUUCACUCAGUGCUGAUAAACACCUCUCCCUCUCAGGCAUAAACUAAUCACCUACUGUAUGCAAAUUAAGGACAGCCCUGUGUUUACAGGCACCAAUCAGUACCAAAUUCCCUUAUGCUUUGUUCUCUCUGGAUACUUAAGGAAAAUUUUUGAUUUUCUCUAUUCAGAAAUGAACCCCAUGAUGAUGUGUCUUGGGUAUUUUUAUUUUAUUUUGCUUAGCAUGUAUGCAAUGGUUUUUCCUUUGUUUUGUAUUUUAAUUGAUUGUAAAUGGGCUUCUGAAUUGUUUUUCGUACCUGGUUAAUAAAUUGUUACAUUUGAUUUCAUUCUA